AAUCUUCCGUGACAACGAUCCAUCGAAUCAAACCUCCCCCCCAUCCCGUUAAUCUCACCGCCUCCCAUCCCAUCUCAUCUCAUCAUUUUCAUCUCCACAAAUAAACUCGUCUCGCUCCCUUGCCCACGCCGCCGCGCCGAUCGCCUCCCCCCCAGAUCAAUCGACCACACCAAUCUCCUCCUCUCGUCGGCGCAGCCGGAACCCUACCUGAGGCAGACGCCGCCGCCGCCGCAUCCCGCGUCUGGGUCAUGGAGGGGUUCGCUAGGGCGGUGGAGGACGGGCUGAAGCUGUCGAAGAGGCUGGUGCUGCCGGGGGGGCUGCCGCCGCCGAGGCCACUGGCGGGGAUGGACCGCGGCGUUGGGGUUGGGGGUGGGGGUGGGGGUGAUGCCUCCGUGGCGGCGCUGCUGCUGCCGUCGGCGCCGAUGGCGUACGCGGUGGUGACCGACCCGGGGGCGGUCGACACCCCCGACGUGCCCAGCUACCAGCCAUACGUGUACGGCCGCCUCGACCCCCCCGCGCUGAUCCCGCUCCAGAUGAAGGAGGUCGACCUGUCCGUCGACUGCGCGCUCGGCGAGGCCGCUGUCACCGUCCGCGCGCGGUGGUGGCUGCACUGCAUCACCCGCAGCCGCGACUGCGACGUCCGCAUCGUCGUGCCCAUGGGCGACCAGGGUUCAAUUCUAGGAGCCGAGGUUACCGUUGGAAGAAGAUCAUAUAAUACUCAAGUAAUUGAAGUAGAAGAUCACACUACAGAGAAUGCUCCAAAAGCUGAUAGUGGCGGACUCUUGAAACCCCAAUUAUUUUAUUUGACAAUAUCACAGAUUGAGGGUGGGGCGGAUAUUUCUGCCACAAUCAGAUGGUCUCAGAAGCUACACUAUGACAAUGGACGAUUCUCAGUGGACAUACCGUUCCGUUUUCCAUAUUAUGUUAACCCAUUGCCAAAAGUAUUCAUGAAAAGGGAGAAAAUUCAGUUGACUGUGAAUAGUGGUUUCAGUAAAGAGGUUUUACUGCAGGGAACAAGCCACCCAUUGAAGGAAAAAGGUAGGCAGGGUGAGAAGUUGUCUUUCCGGCAUGAAGCAACUGUUGAGAAUUGGUCAAGCAAAGAUUUCAAUUUUUCAUACAGUGUUUAUUCUGGUGACUUAUCUGGUGGUGUGCUUGUUCAACCAUCGACAUUGCGUGAUUAUGAUGAUAGAGAUAGGUUCUGCAUAUUUCUUUUACCUGGAGGUGGCAACAGAAAGGUCUUCAGAAAAGCAGUUGUGUUUGUCAUUGAUACAAGUGGAAGCAUGCAAGGACAUCCGCUUGAGAAUGUGAAGAAUGCGAUGUCUACUGCUCUGUCAGAACUCACAGAAGGAGAUUACUUCAACAUUAUAACAUUUAAUGAUGAGCUGCACUCAUUCUCAUCGUGUUUGGAGAAAGUAAAUGAGAAAUCAAUAGCAAGUGCACUUGACUGGAUAAACUUAAACUUUGUUGCUGGUGGUGGUACAGAUAUUAUGCAUCCUUUGAAUGAGGCAAUGGCAUCAUUGUCAAGUGCUCAUGAUGUGCUUCCACAAAUCUUUCUUAUGACUGAUGGAUCAGUUGAUGAUGAACAUAAUAUAUGCCAAACUGUGAAAACGGAGCUCAUCAGCAGAGGAUCUAAAUCUCCUCGGAUUUCUACUUUUGGACUAGGUUUGUAUUGCAACCACUAUUUCUUGCGCAUGCUGGCAUCAAUAGGCAGGGGGCAUUAUGAUGCUGCAUUUGAGACAGGAUCAAUUGAGAGUCAGGUACUUAGGUGGUUCAGGAAAGCAUCGAGUACAAUAGUUGCAAACAUCUCCAUUGAUGCUACAGCACAUCUUGAUGAAUUUGAAAUCGAUUCUGAAUACAUUCCAGACAUUUCAGCAAAAAGUCCUUUAUGUAUAUCUGGGAAAUACCAAGGCAAGUUCCCAGAUAUGGUUACAGCUAAAGGUUACUUGGCUGACAUGAGAGAGAUCUCGAUUGAACUUAAGGUGCAGCAUAUAAAGGAUAUACCCCUUGACAAAGUUUUGGCGGCACAGCAGAUUGGCCUUCUCACAGCGAAGGCAUGGCUUUCUUCUGACAAGCAACUGGAGAGAAAGGUGGUGAAACUAAGCAUUCAAAAUAGCAUUCCUUCAGAGUACACGAGCAUGGUCCUACUUCAAACAUUGGAGAAGGUAGAUGCAGCACAAAAGGUCAAGCAGAAACUGAAAGGUCACAAGGGCCCCGACGAACCUCGACGGAUCCCGCUCCAAUGCCUCAAGCUCGGGUUCGGCGACCGGGCCGCCACCAGGGAGAACCUCGUCACGGGUUUCGGCGACGUGAAGCCGCUGGAGACGUUCGAGAUCCUCAACAAGGCCGCCGGCUGCUGCAGCCGCCUCGCCGACUGCCUCUGCUGCAUGUGCUGCAUCAAGGCCUGCAACAAGAUGAACGACCAGUGCGCCAUCGUGAUGACGCAGGUCUGCGCGGCGUUCGCCUGCCUCGGCUGCUACGAGUGCUGCGCCGAGCUGUGUUCAGGGUCCGACUCGUAGCCGUCUGGUUUUGUGUUUGUAAUUUGGGGAGAGAGGAGAGUAUUCGAGUGUACAUAGAUAGAGUUUGCGAAGAAGAAAAAAAAGCCCGUGCAUCUCCAUACUGUACAGCUUGAUCAAGGAUGGUCACUUGGUCAGGUGAUCAGGUCGGUCGUUGGUUGUACAAUUUACCCAUGAAAAAGCCAUCAGGUUUCAGGUUUGGACCUCUCCAAAGUCCAAACGUUCUGGUGCUGGUUUAGAGACAUUUGUGGGUUAUUUGGUUUUGAGGAAUCAAGCCAUUUAUGGGAUGAUGGGGGCGAUAAGAUA